GCCGCCGCCGCCGCGCCCGGGGCAGUAAGGGCGGGCCGCGCCACCGCCCACGCUCGCUCCCGUCGUCGGACUCGGGGCCCGGACGCGCGCGACCGCCGUGAGCGCGCGCCCGGGCCAGUGACCGGCUCGGGAUGGACUGCGGCUCCGUCGCUGGGAAAAGGCUGAAGCGUCAGUCGGGUCGCCGACGCCUCCUGCUCUUCCUGCCCGCGGGCCGCUGCGCAAGCCCGGUCGACCUUGGAACCCCCGCGCGCCGCGGCCUCUCCCGGCUCCCCGGCGGGCUGGGGGCGCUGCGGCCCCGGGGCGGCGCGUCACGUGCGUCGCCGCUGCUCCUCCUCCUGCUCGUGCCGUCCCCGCGCCGGGCCGCCGCCGCCCCGCGCCGCCCGCUGGCCGAGUGGGAGCGCGCGCGCCCCGGGCCUCAGGCGCCCCGGGCAGGGCGCGGCACGUGGAGGGCCCCGGCGGGGACCGGGGCGGCAGGCGUGCUCCUCCCGGGCCCGGCGGCCUCGCUCGCGUCCUCCAGGAGAGAGCUAAGCCUGUCUGCACCAUGCCUGCAGCUGGAGCACAGAAGGACAGGUUUCACCUCUCCGGGGCACCAGAAGCUCUACUUCGACACCCAUGCCUUAGUGUGCUUACUGGAAGCAAAUGGAUUUACGACUCAACAAGCAGAAAUCAUUGCGUCUGCCUUGGUCAAGAUCAUGGAGGCCAACGUGGACAUUGUCUACAAAGACAUGGUCACCAAGGUGCAGCAGGAGAUCACUCUGCAGCAGAUAAUGUCUAAGAUUUCCAAUGUGAAAAAGGAUAUGAUUAUUUUGGAGAAGAGUGAAUUUUCAGCCCUCAGAGCAGAAAAUGAGAAAAUAAAGCUUGAACUACAUCAGUUAAAACAACAAGUCACGGAUGAAGUGAUCAAAGUCCGAACAGACACCAAGUUAGACUUCAAUCUAGAAAAGAGCAGAGUAAAAGAACUGUAUUCACUGAACGAAAGGAAGCUGCUGGAAUUGAGGACGGAAAUAGUAGAACUGCAUGCCCAGCAGGAUCGGGCCCUGACCCAGACCGACAGGAAGAUUGAAACCGAGGUCGCUGGCCUCAAGACCAUGCUGGAGUCACACAAGCUUGACACGAUCAAGUAUCUAGCAGGGUCUGUAUUUACCUGCCUGACCGUAGCUCUGGGAUUUUAUCGCCUGUGGGUGUAAUAAAAUGUCUAUUUAAAGAGAUUUCUAUCGUUUUACCUUGACAAUGCCAAAUUGUUAUCCCUUUUUUUCUUGUUUCAAAUUUUAAUGCUGAUUUUGACUUAAUGCAUCCUAUUUAUUUUUAUGAAAAUGGUGGGCACAUAACCAAGAUAAUGAGGCCAGAAAUUCCCCCGUCGCUCCACUUUAUAACCGAGUGGUGUGGCCCAGACCUGGGAGGCCCGCCCCGCCCCACCGAACCAGUGAACUUGGCCAGACCAACAUGAACCACUGGCAGAAUCCUCUGCGGUUUUAAAGCCUCUGUCACACCAGGGAUUCGCAGUCCCACUGACAGGACAUGGUGACAGUUAUCACAAUUCCCUGGACCGGUUCCUCUGCCAGCAGCUCCCAGCCUCGGCUGCCGCCUCGUUAGCAGCACAGCCGUCCUUGUCCACCGCAGCGAUUUCUGUGUCUUACUAACACGUGUUAGUUACUCUUACUGUGCCUUCCAGCCAGAGAAUCUUACUGCCUAACGAAGCCUGGUAAUUGUAAAGGGGAGUCUUUCACCUCUUCAAAGCCGGAUUUCCUUUCUUCCCUCCCUGCUCUUUCUCCCCUUCCCCUCCUAAUGUGAAAGCCGUAAGACUGCUCUGCCUGUCGUCACCUGCCUGGGAACCUUACUAACUCAGCGAGGACUCCUCGAGUUUACGGUUCAGAGUCUGCUUCCUUCCGGCCAUCCUCAGCCGCCAUGCAAGGGCCGCACACUGCUUCCCUGCUCUGAGCUGUCUAGAUGAGGUGUGCGCUUCCUACGGUGACACUCGUGCCCUUGGCCUGUGACCAGCUGCACUGUGGGCCUUCCAGACAGGACGGCCGUGUCCGGCCCCAGCCUUGGUUCCACUGCACUCUCGUUGUUGAAGGCAUCCUGACACCUGCCUUACCUCUGUGAUAGAAGCAGACAGACACCCUCAACAGGGCUGGCUCACCUCACCUGACUGACCUGCUCGUGGGCGAGAACAAGUGGUUUGGAAGCAGCGGCCUCAAUAGGGCCCCUCUGUGUGUUCCCACACGCUCACGCAGACGGUGUGGCUCACGGAGGGACCACAUGAAGAGAGCUCUCACAGUGGCAGGGGAUGUGACCCAUGGGCACUCUCUGGUUGCAUUGGUGAAAAUGAGUCACCUUGUGCCCUUUGGGUGUAACUGCUAAGUCUUAGGAAAUGUUAGGUCUUUGCCUUUUUAGAAAACAUUGGUGUAGACCAAAGAUUCUGUGCUCCAUGCGAUAGAAAGAUCAAAGACUUUUGUAUUCCUAGGAAUAGUUUCAAAGUGAAAUGUCAUAGUUUAGUAUUUUUCAAGUAAAUGAAAAACUGUCUUAACCACAAGGCCUCCAAAAAGGCUACACAUCAGCAGUCGCCUUUGUUAGUACAAGGCUCCCCGAGUGGCACUGCAGUGGGGCCACAUGUGUGACUGCUGGAAGUCAUACAGCUUUGAUAGUCAUAGCUAGAAGCAGGCUUGGAGGUCAGACACUCACCUGGUCUCGCCUCCAAAACAGGCCCCCAGAGGAGACAGUACCACUUACAGUUAGGUUGCAAAGUAAACACCAAUCUCUUAUCUGUUUAAGACAGAAGGUGAAGUGUCCUUAUGUCCCAAUCACAUCUGUUUAAAAUAAAAUCUGCCGGGUGGCACUCUUACCUCUGCUAGCAGUAUCCCCAUGCGUCAUUUUCCCUGGUGACAGCCGACCGUGUCAUCCUGUGGCUUCACCUGGGCCUCUGGUUUUGCUGCAGAGUUCUUUGCAGGACAGCACAGCCCUUUUGGCCUUGAGAGCAGUGACCUGUCCUUUUGAGUGUGCGGAUGGCUGCACGUGUGGAGCUUAGAGCGCUGGGGUUGUGUUCCCUCCCUUAGUCCCAAGGGUUCUAUAUGAAAAAACAUUGAGCCAGAAAUACAAACCCACCCUUCCGCCUGCUACACACAGGUCUGCCCGCCGUCAGCACACUGAGCCUGCUCGUGCUGAGGCAGCCUGCGCUGCCCGGCUGAGGAGAGCUCAGGGCGCCUGGUGGAGCAGGAGCAGAAUCGGGAAGGGUCCCGGCUGAGGAGCAGGCAGGGGGCAGCGUCACGCAUGGGGGUUUUAACCUGCAUGGCCCUGAAGGAUCUCAGCAGCGUGCAGAGCAAUGCAGGCCACGAAACACAGAGCCUGGGCGCCUGCCGUCACACGCUGGCACUGGUCAUCUCCUCCCCCGCUUGCUUGCUUUCCUCCGGCUCUCCCCUGCCAGUGCGCUUUUUUCAGUCUCAACUACAGUUUCGCUGAUUACUAAUACGCAGGACCUGUUGGUGUGUGCAGUUCUUUACGGAAGCAGUAGUUUUUAUUUCAGUGUUGGUUUUACUCUUUAAAUGGUUUCAUUCUCUUACCUAAUAUCUGGCAAAGCCAAAAUUGUGUGUGCGUGGGUGCACACGAGGGUGUUUUUCCCCUCAAGUAUGCCAAGCACCUCGGUUGGGAAAUCACAAGGUCAAGAAGAAAGGCUUGACUCAAACCAGAAGCCUUGCUGGACUUUGUCUCUAACCACUUUAAAGACAAAGUCCCGAGCCGCAGCAAGCCUGUCUCGGUCGCCUGGCUUAUCUCCGUCCCAGCCCUGACGCCGCUUUUCCCUCCAUAGCGGGACCUGACGGCUCCGGCUCCCCCAGCCCACCCCACCCCAGCCCACCCCACCCCAGGCCUGUCGAUUGCCCUUGGUGUUCUCAGACUUCUGCCUCAUUCUGAAUCAAUAUUCCAUACUGGAACUCAUCUGCACUUUAGCAUCUGACUUUAGCAUUUGUUUAUCAAAUUUGUUAUGGCUUUUUUGGCACUGAAGCAAAAACAUGUUAACUAGAAAUAAUUUAUUCAUUAUAUAACAUGUUUGAGAAUUUUUAGUCUUUUAUUGGAAUUUUAUUUGGCAAAUAUUUAUCUUUCUACAAGUGUAUACCUAACAUCCCUUCGAUUAUAAGCUGGAUCACUUCUUAACCCUUUGAUUGCCAAAGUGAAUAUUAAGUUACAUUGUAUGGUCUAAUAGAGUGUGUAACAUGUUUGUAUCUAAAAUAAAGUAUUUAAUUCCA